UUGCCUGUUUGCAAACUUGGGUGCCGGACAAUAACAACAAUGGUAAGGUUGUAAGUUUGUGCAAGACCUCCCCGAAGCUCAUCGGCAGCUUCCGUAAGAAGAAUUAUUAUUGAGGCUCAAAGUUGAAACUGAGAUGCUAGUUACCCGACUUAGCGUCACAACUUUACCCGCAAGGGACAUAACCACCUCAUUCUUAGCCCUUCUGCUCCACUCCUAUCCUCGAUCUCCCGGCUGGCAUCAUGAAGUUGACUAAAACCCCCCAGGAAUUUGUGGACGAGUCCCUACUGUUACUGAAGGCUCGGCCUUCAACGGUACGCUUACCUAUGUUUAAACCCAUCGCAUGAAGCUAAUUUUCUACGAGACUAGAAUAACGACAUCGUACCAUGCUGCUACUGCUGGAAAAGGCAAGCUUACUCUCAAAACCUACGAUCCUGUUUCCGGCGCUCUUGUGAAGUAUCGAACCUCUAGGAUUGCGGUUGUGGGUCGGUUGGUCUCUGGGUUAAAUAGGCUUGGAAGACAGCAGGCUAGAGUCCCUGAGCCUACAGUUAUAGGUAAGAAUUCGACAGCUGCGCUUGGAUUCCGCUGGCGGUUGUAGUCCGUACAGUGGGACUACCAGCUAACUACUUGGGGCGGUGACUACAGCGGUGCAAGCGCCCUCUGCAUCGGGUACAAGCACACCAAUUCCUGGACAGGCAGCCCCACCGGAACCCCCGAAGUCAAAGAAGAAGAAGAAGAAGGGAAAGUCAUAGUGGCACCUUAUGUUUGGUGGCUUGAUGUGGUGGCACACCUGGUAUUGUGUAACAUGGUCUCAUCGAGGCUGACCGUUUGGAGGUCUUUAUACAAGGCCGUCUUUGUUUGGACUUUGAAGGUAACCAGAGUGUGAUAGAAUCUGGUAAUAAAAUAUUUUUACCUAGGUUUCCGGAAGGUUUAUGAUUGGUCAGGGAGAUUGCAAAAAUCAUGAAAUAUCACCCGUAUCGAAACAGUGAGCACCUGUUCGACAUUUUGUGUGUGGGCGAUUACACGUUGCAGUUGUGGGAAAACGUGGACAUACACAGGCCAUUACACAUACUGGCAUUGAAUUCUUUUUCGUGAUAUUUACUUCCUUCCCAUCCCCGCUUUGCUACUUCCAGCCUUCAUCCUUUUCAUCGCCUCCCUAAUAUAUUGGGCUCUUUGGGCUGUCUAAUGUACUUGUUUUAUUCCACAUUGCUCUCCUCGUCGGUGAACCUCUGGCGUGAGGCCUCCGCUUGAGCUGUUUCACUUCUCCAAUGAAGCAUGAAGAUAGACAGAACGGACCAGUCAAGAUACUUCUAGCAUAAAAGCAAGAAGUAAGGAAAAUACAAAGAGGGCAGUAUGAA